GAGAGAGAGAGAGAGAGAGCCAUUCAUCUUGGCGCGCCUAGCCUGCGCCGGAUUGGCGGGGCUCGGUAAAGAGCGAGCGUCGAUUGGCCGGCAGUGUUUACCAGCUGGUGCCCCCGGCAGCCGGCGCUCCACGCUCGGCCGUCGAAGAGAGGGGGGCAGAACGCGGAGAGACAAGCGGCGCCAUUAUUGUAAGGGGUUACAUUUAGCUGGCCGUGGGUUGUAGUACGCGGCGUUCGGGAUAGGGGGCUAUAGUACCUUCAUGCAUGGCCCAUAAAGGAUUCGUCGACUAUCCGAGAAGUACGCAAGAAACGGCUUCUAACACCUGACAGAGGGGCCACGGCUCUUCUCUUCUCUCUCUCCUCGCAGUGGUGCGCCGUUCCAUCGGCUGCUGGCUGCCGUCGUCGCUGCCGUCGCUGCCGUCGCCGUCGCUGUCGCCGUCGCCGUCGUCGUCGUCGUCGCGCUCGUCAUCGUCAUCGGGCCUGCCAACAAUUCCGUGAACGAGAAGAGUGAACGCGCGCGCAAAUGAGUCCGUGAAUAUCUCGGAGAUGGAUCGACGGUGAGAUGAUCGGUUCGCAAUAGUCGUGAUCGGCCUUAGCUAGCUCGUUAGCUCGUUAGCUCGUUAGCUCGUUCGCUCGCGCGCGCGCGCUAUUUUCGCGGUUUUUAUUAUCCCGUCUGAUAGUUGUGACAAGAGAAAGAAAUGUGUUGGCUUGUUGUCUGAGUGACGAUAGAUAGAUGUGAAGGAUAGUCUUGGAGGGAGGAGGAAGAGGAGGAAGAGGAAGGGUAUAUAAUAAUUGUCGAUAGAAUUGAAGAGUGAUAGAGGAGUUGGAAAUAGAUAUAAGAGGAAGAGGAAGAACCAAAAGCAAGAGGAAUAAGAAGAAGAAGAAGAGGAAGAGAAAGAAGAGAGAGCAAAGAGCGAUGACGAGGCAUCCGCCGGCGCGGAGGACGGCACGAGGCUGCCGGCGCUGAGGACGUCGGCACGGAGGACGUCCGAGCGAGGGCCGACGCCGGACGAGGAGGGAUCGCGGCGAUAGGGCUCGAUCGCUCAUCGGCCAGGCGAUAUGAGUUCGAAAUUCAUAAUCGAUAGUAUGCUACCAAAGUAUCAUCAGCAGUUCCAUCACCAACAACUGUUCACUAGCACGAAUCCCGGUACGAUACAGGCCUGUACCGCUGCGAGCAGUCCGGCGAGCGCGGCUGCGAGCUUAGAAUCAAGCCUAUCCGCGGCUGCGGUCGCGGCCGCGGCAGUAAAUUACGCACAGCAGCACAAUUCGCCGAGUCCGACGGGCUCGAGCCCUCAACACUCGGGUAGUUCGGCCUCGACCUCGCCGGCGGCCCGCACCGCAUCAAGCAUGUAUCCUUACGUUUCGGCCGCGGCCGCGCACCAUCAUCAUCAGCAACAACAAGCGGUCGCGGCGGCCGCGUUCGGUGCGACUUCCAGCAUGGUUCCUGGAUUCGGUUCGAGCGCGGCCGCAGCCUCCAGCGCUGCCCUCGCCGCGGCAGCGGCCGUCGACGCCGCAACAGCCGGUGACAAAUCUUGCCGUUACACCGCCAGCCUUGCUGGAAAUGUCGCACCAACAUCGGCCGACCCUAUGGUCAACUAUACCCUCGGCCAUCAUCAUCAAAACGGUGCUACCCCUGGUAGCCUCGUCUCUUCCGCCUCGGCUUCCUCCGCCGUAUCGGCCGCUUCCGCAUCUAUGGCCGCGGCGGCACAGUUCUAUCAUCAGGCUGCCGCGGCCUCGGCCGUCGUCGACCCUCUCACCUCCUGCCAGCAGCCUACCACCGGUCAACCUGGUAUCUCGGACAUUCCUCGCUACCCCUGGAUGUCCAUCACAGAUUGGAUGAGCCCCUUUGACAGAGUCGUAUGCGACGAUCGUAAUUAUUAUUUUCCAGGUCCAAAUGGUUGUCCGAGGCGCCGUGGCAGACAAACGUACACGCGGUUUCAAACGUUGGAGCUCGAGAAGGAGUUCCACUUCAACCACUACCUAACGCGACGGCGGCGAAUAGAAAUCGCGCAUGCCCUCUGUCUGACGGAAAGACAGAUUAAAAUCUGGUUUCAGAAUCGUCGAAUGAAGCUGAAAAAGGAACUGAGGGCGGUAAAGGAGAUCAACGAGCAGGCGAGACGAGAACGAGAGGAGCAAGACAUGAUGAAGAAGCAGCAGGCAGAGAAGCAGGCGAAGAUGCAGCAGGAGCAACAAAAUGCUGCUCUACAGCAUCAACAGCAGCAUCAUGUAAGCGGUCUGGACAAGUCGCAGAGCGAUCUACUCAAGGCGGUUAGUAAGGUGCCAACAUAGGAGACCUUGCUGAACCGACUCUCUUUCUUUUAAAGGAAGAAACUAGAGACUGAAGCGACCUGGACGGAUACGCCUACGAAAACGAGCGGACGGCUGGUAAGCGGACGGCUUCUUCCUCGCCUUCCUCCUCACCCUCCAUUAUAACCACCUUCUAUUCCUCAAACUUCUUCACCGCUUCGUUAAGAGGAAGGAACAAUGAAGGAAGGAAAGAAGGAAGCUUGACUAUGGAUCCUGCGACAUCGAGAGCGUAGCACGAACAAGAAGAUAGGAUUCGCCUGGUCGGGUAUAUCCUUUUUCGAUCCUCUUUCCCUUCUUAUUCCUCUCUUAGCUACUUAUAUUCUUAUUAUUCCACCCUCAUAUUCCUUCGAUCAUACCCCAAAACCAACGAGGAAAGGCAGCGAGGUAGACGUUGCGCUAACAUAGUAGAAAUAUCGAAAAACGCAUCGAAGUCUCGAUUCACAUGUACUUACUUACUUACUCGAUGACCGGCCACCAAGCUUCCCUCCGCAAAUAAGGAGAAUGGCGAUCGGGAUACCGGCUGGUCUCUGACUGAUUCCUAGAACGUAUAACGUGUAUUUGUUAAAUCGGCGAGCGUGAUCGACGGAAAUAAAGGAUGACGGCCUUCCUCAAGAGGACGAAAAUAUGUAAUGGCUCCCAAACAAAGCCGAUACUCGGUGAGACGCGAAAGAGAAAGUGGUGGGGGUUGGGGAAUGACAAAAGGGUCGAUCGAGAAAACAGAGAGAGUGAGAGAAAGAGAGAGAGAGAAGGAGAGAGGAAAGAGCGAGAGAGAUAAACGAAAGUUUUCGACUCGAAAGGAACGAUUAGGCUUUGACCUUCGUAUAUCGAACAGAGCACACGAAACUGCCAUCGGAGGUCGACCGAACGCUCAUUUUCGACGUGCUCCAUGUUUAUACUUGGCUAAACGCUAAAAGGUUAGAGAGGAUAUUUCUCUACGACCUCUCUCAUUCUCUCUCUGCCCUUCGGAUAGAUCGCAGCGAGGAAGUCGGAGCAACGAACGUAGCGCUUGCGAAAAUUUUCGACAGCUCGCUAACGCUUCUCUACUUCCGGUAUUCGUUAGGUAUUAUUAUUAUUAUUAUUAUUAUUAUUAUUAUUAUUAUUAUUAUUAAAUAUUAAUUAUUAAUUAUUAUUAUUAUUAUUAUUAUUAUUAUUAUUAUUAUUAUUAUUAUUAUUAUUUUGCGUCUUUCAAAAAGAUUUCUUCGUUUGUUGCUCGUCACAGAAUGAUUCGAUCAAUCACGAUAGAUUCUCGCUAUUGUUGUUUCGGAGCUCGCUUUUGCGUAUUAUAUAUCUAUACAUAUAUGUAUACAUAUAUGUAUAGAUAUAUAUACACGCUUUUCUUUCUUUCCUUUUUUCUCAACGACGGCGAAGAGAAAAGAGAGAGGAGAAAAAAAUAUAUGCAGGAUAAACACGAAUGGGACGACGACGACGUCGAAGACGCGCGCGGCGGAAGGAACGCGACAGACGACUCGGCAGCUACUAUUGACGUUAAUAAUAAUAUCAUUAUUAUUAUUAUUAUUAUU